AUUUUAUUGUUUUCUUUCCUUUUCUAGACAAGUAAAGCAAUGGAAGCUGACUCUUCUUCAAAUACAGAAAUUAACUCAUCUAUGGAAGAAAGACAACAAUCUGUACAUUCUUUUCGCAUCAUUGACACACAACAAGAUUCAGAAUCAGAUAAGGACCUCAUUAUUCAUUCACUCAAUGAAUCACUUCAUAUUCAUAAAGAAAUCCUCGAACGCAUUCAAAAUGAAAAGGAAGAGUUUCAACAACAAAUAGAAAAGGAACGUCAAAAAGAAAAGGAGGCGCUUGAAAAGUUUAAAAAGUCUUCUCAACAAGUCUUGGACGAUCAAAACAAACAUUGUGAGCAGCUAGAAUCAAUUAUUUCCUCGUUGAGACAAGAUUUAGAAAAGAAAAAGGAAGCCUAUCAAAAACUUGAAGUCAAUUUUUAUUCUUAUGUAAAACAAAUUCGAGUCACUGAUGAUGAUCUCUCAACCAUUCAACCAGAGAUAUCACAUUUGUUAAGCCAAUUAAAUAAUACUUGUAUGGGAUUAAAGGCAAAGAUGGAUCGAGAGGCAGGGACUAGGUUUGUGUUUAAUUAUUGGUCUGAUAAAGUAGACUUGAUUAGGAAGCAUAUGAUGACUGAAGAAGAGCAAGAAUUAUUAGAUACAUCCUACAUUACACUCUUUGUUGAAAAAUAUCUUAUUACAGUAUUACUCAAUCAUAUCAUGGACGUGCCUAUUCAUUUAGGUGUCUCUAUCAAUGAUGCCUUUCAAGAAUUAGAUGGCUGGAUGACAAGUAGAAAUAAGGAAUGGGCAAACCGACUCAGACAGCAGGUCUGCGCACUUAUUGUUCAACAGCCUGGUGAUGAAGAAGAUCAAAUACAGGCAGCUAAAUCCGAACUAUUAAAUGAAAUCCUAUCCAACUUAGGUCCUGUUUAUCCUACCCUUCAGCAAGAUUCUAGAAAGAUUGAAAACUUAAUACAGAGAUGCUCUAAAUUGAAUUUGGCUGUGAAAGGACAAGAAAUAAAGAUUAAAAGAUUGACUAUUGAAGAAGGUGUAACACAAUUCGAUCCAAAGACAAUGAAAGCAACUGCAAAAGGUAAGCCUAAUGGUAUUGUCCUGUUAUCCAUCACACCUACUUUUGUUGCAAGUGAUGAAUUUGAUAAUGAGCAUGGUUUUGUUAUACCUGGUAAAGUUUUCUGCAUCAAUGAAGAAGAGGAAGAUACACAAAUAGAAAAGGGAGAGCCAUUAAAGAAACAAAAGAUGGAUGAAACAGUCUCUCAAGAUAUGGAAGAGGAUCAAGAAAAAGACGACUAAGAUACAGAAAGUAUAAAGGAAGUUCUUAAUGAAGAGUAAGCAUGUAUGCAAGUAAAACAAAAUCAUCUUUUUUUUUUUCUUUUUUUUAGGGAAAAAGAAAAAAAAAACACACAAAUACUAUAUCCUGUACUGUUAAAAGACGAGACUUUUUAUUCAUUGAACAAUAAAAGUCUAUUGUAUAGUGCUCACAGUACCAAUUUGCGGGUUUA